CUUCUCUACCACAAUGCACUAGCAGCAAUGCGGGCAAGGAAAGGCACCGAACUGCCAGACGAUCCCAUCGACGAGGACGAGCAGGAUGCAGUCAUCGAGCAGUUCAAGACAAAUCAGGAGAGAGCAGAAAAGUUUUUCUCCACCCUCCUCAUCCUAGUUCUGGUUGCGUUGUUCGCGUUCUUCAUCAUGCAUGCUUACUUGCAUGUCCUCUCCCCUUGGCCAUCACCUUUCGAGGGGUUGAGGGAAGCCGACAAGCUAGGAAGAAAUCUAGCAGGGUCUGGUCACACUCUCACUGCUAUCUCCAUCCUCUUCAACGCUGUUUCCAUCAUUUCCAAUGACAAGAUGAGAAGCAUGCGAAGAUCGCUGUUGAACAUUGCUGCCCUAGCAGCGAUCUUGAGCUUGGUUAUCUGGAUCCGAGUUCUCUCAAGCCUCCCAACCUUCUCACGUCCCUACUUGUUCUUCUUCACCAGCAUUUUGCUCGGCCCAUUCCUCAUACAGGCUUGUUUCAUGCACGUGUGUUUGGAGACUCGUAAGGAGAUAUCGAAGCUGCAUGGCUACAAGUACCGCUGCAGGAAUGCUUGAGUGGUAGCGGACAACAACUGCUGCAGUAGAGACUUGUCUACAACUGUUUGUAACUUGAUUGAAGUGUGUUAAAUUUCGAAA